UAAAAACUGAAAAAUUUUGAAAAUGACGGAUCAAAAACCAAAACUUCUAUCAAAUUUUCAGUAUUAAUGAAAUUGAUACUUAUUAGUUAAUUGAAUUUCGGACUGCUUUAUUUUUAUUUACCAUCAGUAUCUGAUUUUGGGCACAUCCAUAAUCCGAGAGCUUACGUUUUAAGCGGGACGAAGUUCAUUUCCUCCGGAUGUGAAUAAAACUGGUGGUGAUUUCAUCCGUUUAAUCAUCAGUCAUGAUGGAUUCGGAAGACACACCGUCAUCGCCGCAUCCAUCACCGACUGAACCGACCGAAACCGUCGUGACAGAAUCAGACAGCGAAGACCUGGUGGCAUCGGGUGACGCAGCACUCCACGCUGUCUCCGAUGAUAAGCCCCGCACCGAUUCCCCGACCAGCACGGUGGAGGUGCAGUAUACCGACCACCCGACCACGGAGGAUGUGGUGCAGGUGACCAGCAUCCCGGGAACGGCGGUGCGCGAUGUGGACGAAGAAGCGGCGCCUGUUGUGGAUGUUCCGCUGGAGACGACGGUGACGGAGGAUGAUGCCACUCCGAUUCCCUCCGAUCAUGAGGAAGAGAGCCUGCAGGAGCUGCAUGACAUACCGCUGGAGCUGCAGCGGAUUAAGGAGCCGGAGACGCUGCGUGUGGAUGAGGUGGUGACGGAUGGGGAUGCCCUGGCGCGCGUGCUGGAGGGCUUCUCCAAGGGAACACUCACCAGCCAGCAGGUGGCCGAUAUCGCACUCAAUGUGCUGGUGGAUGGCGAAUUCGACAUGGAACUAAAUCAUACCGUAAAAAAUCCAGAACGGUUAAUUCAGGUUACGGAGUUCCUCGACAAGUGUCCUCCCAGUUUACAGGCGGAAGUGUGGAGUGUUAUUGUGGCAUUUUUAAAGAAAAGUCUUCUGAAUCUGCAAAUUUGCACCGACUGUCAUAUGCUCUCCAUGCUGUUGGAACGUCUUCCUCGGUCUGAUGAUGUGGUUGGAUCUCUUUUGAUUGAAUUGUUGGGACUGCUGGCUAGCUACAACAUCACCGUGCGGGAGUUGAAACAAUUAUUUCAAGCGUUUCAAGCGGUGGACAGGAAGGUUUUGCCGAGGCACACGCCGAAGUUACUAUCGGUGCUGCAGCAGAUGCCCCAGCGAAAGGGUCCGGAUUGCUUUUUCAGCUUUCCGGGCACGGCUGGUUCGGUGAUAGCACUUCCGCCCAUCGCUAAAUGGCCUUGUCAGUCGGGUUUUACGUAUUCGACAUGGUUCCGGUUGGAGCCGAAGAGCAGCGUCGUGACAGACCAGGAACGUCUGCAUCUCUUCAGCUUUCGCACGCAGAAAGGCCUGGGAUACUCCGCCCACUUUAUUCCCGGUGGGAUCGUUUUCACAUGCAUGAAAGUCGUUGGCAAAGGCAUUCAGCAUACGCUGUUCUUCGAUUUUCAGCCACGAAAGUGGUACAUGAUUAGCAUCGUUUACCUGUACAAUCGUUGGAGUCGCAGUGAGAUUCGAUGUUCCGUCAAUGGCCAGCAAGUGUCGGCUACGGAUGUGAGCUGGUUUGUUAACACAAGCGAGACAUUUGAUCGUUGUUACAUUGGUGGAAGCGGCGAACAAACGGAAGACACCACAUUCCGCGGGCAGAUGUCCUCGGUGUAUCUCUUUAACGAGGCGCUUACUCCCCAGCAAAUCUUUGGUAUACAUGCUUUAGGAGCGGAUUACAAGAAUCAGUUCCGUCAUGAGAACGAAAAGCCCGAGUUGUCGGAGGAAUUACGGAAGAUUCUGUAUGACAACACCCUGUGUCAUGCGAUUGUAUUUCUGUACAAUCCGGUCGCCUGUGAUGCUCAGUUGUGCCUGGAAUCGUCGCCCAAAGCGAACCAGUAUUUUCUGCAUUCACCUCAUGCACUUAUGCAGCGGGAUGUACAAGCUGUCGUUACACAUUCGAUCUACAGUACACUCCAUUCGAUCGGAGGCAUUCAGGUUCUGUUUCCACUGUUCGAACAACUGGAUUGCCCAGUUGAAUCUAUCACUGAUGAAGCCCCGAAAAUUGAUUAUACGAUUUGUGGAGCAUUACUGCAGUUCAUCGGUGGUCUUUUGGAGCGGUCAGCGGCAGUCCAGCAGCAUAUGCUCCAGAGUACCGGCUUCAUGAUUCUGAGUUAUAUGCUGGGAAAAGCAUCCAGGCAGCAUAUUACGGAAGAAGUUCUUCACGCCAUUGUGACCAUGACGCGACAUUUGCUGAACAUUCCUAAUGCUUUACCGCUAGUGAAGCAGCUGUUUGAUUACCUGUUGUUCAAUCCGGGAUUGUGGAUACACACUAGUGUAAAGGUGCAGAUGGAUUUGUAUACAUAUUUGGCCACAGAGUUCGUGGGUAAUGCGGCCAUUUAUGGCAAUAUCCGCCGGACCAGUACCGUCAUUCAGACUAUGCACGCGCUCAAGCAUUAUUACUACGUUGUCAAUCCUACAAAUCGGAGCGGAAUUGAAAGCAAAGCAGAAAGUGAAGAAUUACGUCCACCUCGGAAGUCCAUCCUGGAUAUCCGUGCGUAUCUCUUAUUGUUCGUUAAGCAGUUGGUGUUAAAGGGCGAAGGAGUAGAAGACGAUGAGCUGGAUAGCGUACUGAAUUAUCUCCACACUGUCUACGAAGACGACAAUCUCCAUGACGUCCUGCAGUUGAUGAUUGCCCUCAUGUCCGAACAUCCACAAUCUUUGGUGCCGAGUUUCGACCGAUGUCAAGGAAUCCGGUCUGUCUUCAAGUUAUUGGCAUCAAAGAGCGAAAUCAUCCGCAUCCAGGCAAUGAAACUCUUGGCUUUCUUUUUACGACACUGCACAGCAAAAAGAAAAUCGGAUGUUAUGCAGCCGCAGAAUUUGUACUCACUACUUUCUGAGCGACUGCUGCUAAAUGCGGAUUCCAUCAGCGUUGCGGUGUAUAAUGUUCUUUUUGAGGUGCUCACGGAGUCGGUUACAAGCCAAAUAAUAUAUACACGUCAUCCUGAUCCUGAGAGCAGCCUGAAGUUUGAAAAUCCUUUGGUGUUGAAAGUAAUUGCGGUGCUUUUGCGUAAUGCUAAGCAGAUGCCAGAGUUGUUGGAGCUAAAGAAGAUUUUUCUUUCCGAUAUGAUGAUCCUGUGCUCUAAUAGUCGCGAUAACAAAAGAAUAAUUCUCCAGAUGUCAGUGUGGCAGGAAUGGCUGAUUAAUUUGGCAUACGUGUACCCGCAGAACCCUGACGAACAGAAAGUGAGCGAUAUGGUACACAGUUUAUUCCGAAUGUUGCUGUACCACGCCAUAAAACAUGAAUAUGGUGGAUGGAGGGUCUGGGUGGAUACCUUAUCCAUAGCUCACUCCAAGAUUUCGUUCGAAGAUUUCCGUUUGGAAGUUAGUAAGGCGUACGGAAUAUCUCCUCAGUCCCCAUCCGAGAAGCUUCCUGGAUCCAUGAGCAAUGGCACACUGUCGGAUCUACCGACCGAUACGGAGCAGUCGUUUUCGCCGACAGAAACGAAUGUCACAACAGACACCAUAACCAUGACUGAAAUCAGUUUGACAUCGGAAGAAGUCACCCCGAUUCCCAAAGAUAAACGUCCACCGGCUUUAUCCAAAGUGGGCAAACCCAGCGGACAGCAAGUAUUCCACUCGGGGCCAACGCCACCGGCAUUCAGAAUCCCGGAUUUCCGGUGGUCGGCAAUUCAUCAGCGACUGCUUUCCGAUCUGCUGUUUUCUAUUGAAACAGAUAUCCAAGCAUGGCGAAGUCACAACACUAAAACGGUCCUGGAAACUGUUAAGGCUCCGGAAAACGAGGUGUUCAUCACCAACACCUUGCACAUGAUAUCCCAGAGCGUGGACAACUUGAUUAUUGCCUGUGGUGGACUGUUGCCGCUGUUGGCGUGUGCCACCUCUCCGCAAAAUGAAAUCGAUAUGGUGGAGCCCAGUCAGGGCUUGUCUAUUGAUAUUGUCAUUGGUUUCCUGCAGCGGAUGGUCAAUUUGGUUGAUGUACUAUGUUUCGCGUCGCCGAUUAAUCUGGCUAACUUGGAAAAGGAAAAGGGAAUGCGGAAGGGAGGAAUUUUGCGGCAGUGCUUGCGCUUGGUAUGCACUAAUGCUGUGCGGAAUUGUUUGGAAUGUCGUGAAAAAGCCAAACCGAAAACGCCAAGGCUGCCCGGUGAGGAACCUGUGGAUGUGCGGAAAUUGGAGCAUAUGCAAAGUUUGAUCGGAGGCGUGCAACCUACACCAAAGAAUAUCGUGGAAAACCUGGUGGGUCAACAUCCGGUAACUGAUAUGGAAAAACUUCUGCAAGAUAUGGAUAUAAACCGGCUGCAAGCUGUGGUUUACCGUGAUAUUGAGGAUACUAAGCAGGCGCAAUUUCUGGCGUUAGCCGUUUUAUACUUCGUUUCCGUGCUGAUGGUUUCCCGUUACCGCGACAUUCUGGAACCCGAAGUUAUCGCCAACCCUGAAGAAUUAGCUAACGCCGCGGAAGUUCUGGAGCGUGUUUCACUAUCGCGCACGGCUUCCGUUAAUGAUCAGGACGCCUCCACCCGUUCCAUUUCAUCCGUGGCGGAUUCAGGGGAAAUUACCGCUCCUUCUGACAGCGAGAGUUUGAAACCGGUCCAUUCGACGGCGUCGUUAAAUGGCUCUCAAGAAGGUAUUUCGGCAAUCAAUGUCGAGGGGGAUAAAUCAGCGGGUUCGGAUGAAAUGACACCCAAAUACACUAUCAGUCAGCUGCCUCGGAAUGCCGCAAAUUUUGCUGUGGCACCGGUGUCGGUGGCUAAUUUAACGGAGAAACUGGAGAAGGCCCUGGGCACGACGGCGGCGUUAUUGCGGGAAAUUGUCCUGGAUUUUACACCGUUUUUGACGAAAACUUUAAUUGGAUCGCAUGAUCAAGAAUUGUUGGCUGAAGGCAAAGGUCUUUCUACGUUUAAAGAUAGCUCAUCCGUUGUUGAAUUGGUAAUGUUGCUGUGCUCCCAAGAAUGGCAGAACUCCCUGCAGAAGCAUGCGGGAUUGGCGUUUAUUGAGCUGGUCAAUGAAGGCCGUUUGUUGUCACACGGGAUGAAAGACCAUAUUGUUCGUGUGGCCAAUGAAGCCGAAUUCAUCCUUAAUCGUAUGCGAGCGGAUGAUGUGCUUAAGCAUGCAGAAUUUGAGUCACAGUGUGCGCAGACACUGCAUCAACAUCGGGAAAACGCCAAGCUGUGUGAUCGAUUAAUCAGCUCAGCCAGACGAAGGGAUCAUGCUUUCGCUAGGAAAACAGUCGAUAAAAUUCUGAGCGUCAUGACCGAUCAGCAGGGCACAUGGAAACUCAUCGAGUCCAAUCGGAUGAAACGCUUUUGGCGCCUGGAUAACUGGGAGGACGAUUGUCGCCGGCGCCGUCGACUGGUACCUAACCCAUACGGGAGCAAUCAUCCGGAAGCGGUGCUGCGAUCUAACAGCAAUACAGGAUCCGAUGUCACCGAAGACGCCAUGCAGCAGGCCGAAGAGCCUCUUCACGCCAAAUUGGCUUCCUUGGGGCUGGGUCACCGAGAGGUACCUCUGGAGGUGGGAGAUGAUUCCGAUGCCAACUCCGAAGAUCAAGAUAUCGACUAUAUCCAGACCACGACAGCCAAAACUAUGGGUCCAGUUACAUUCACCUCUGAAUGCAAAUUAAUUGCACCCGGUGUCGUGUUGAAAGGAACCUUAUCCAUCACUUCGAAUGAUUUGUAUUUUGAUGCGGACGAAGAUGAUAAUGAAUUUGAAACAUCUGACCCCGAGGUUCUGCGUUACUGCGAUAACCUUCAUGGACACUGGAGCUUUUACGAUAUUCGGGCCAUUUUUGCGCGACGCUUUAUGCUGCAGAAUGUGGCAUUGGAGAUUUUUCUUUCCACACGCUCAUCGGUUAUGUUCGCCUUUGCUGAUCAUGCAACCGUUAAGAAGGUGGUUCGCGCUCUCCCCGGUGUAGGAAUUGGCACCAAAUACGGAAUUCCUCAAUCCCGUUAUGCAUCCAUGAUGUCUCCCAGGAAAAUUUUUCGCCAGUCCAACAUGACCGUAAAGUGGCAACGACGGGAAAUCUCCAAUUUCGAAUACCUUAUGUAUCUCAAUACGAUUGCGGGGCGGACAUAUAAUGACUUGAACCAGUAUCCGGUCUUCCCUUGGAUUCUAGUUAAUUAUGAGUCCAAAGAACUUGAUUUGACAUUGCCCAGUAACUACCGUGACUUAUCAAAACCGGUUGGUGCAUUGAACCCGAGCCGACGGAAAUUCUUCGAAGAACGCUACAAUACAUGGGAGCACGAACAGAUCCCAGCUUUCCACUACGGAACCCAUUAUUCCACAGCUGCUUUUACGUUAUCCUGGCUGAUGCGGCAGGAACCCUUUACGACCUUCUUCCUUAAUCUCCAGGGCGGGAAAUUCGACCAUGCCGAUCGCACGUUCGCCUCGGUGGCGCAGGCGUGGAAGAACUGCCAACGCGACACUUCGGACGUGAAAGAAUUGAUUCCGGAAUUUUUUUAUCUGCCGGAAAUGUUCGUUAACAGCAACCGCUAUCAGUUUGGCCAACAGGACGACGGAAACGUGGUGACUGAUGUAACACUACCAGCGUGGGCCAGCACACCCGAAGAAUUUGUCCGUUUGCACAGAAUGGCUCUGGAGUCGGAAUUCGUAUCCUGUCAAUUGCACGAAUGGAUCGAUUUGAUAUUCGGAUACAAACAACGCGGUCCGGAAGCUGUGCGUGCCUGCAACGUUUUCUAUUAUUUAACAUAUGAAGGCAGUGUUGACCUGGAGAAUAUGGAUGAUCCCAUCAUGAAGGCAGCCAUCCAGAAUCAGAUCCGUAAUUUUGGCCAGACACCGACACAGCUGCUGCGCGAACCGCACACACCGCGCAGUUCACUCAUGCACGUGAGUCCAAUGAUAUUCCGACCGAUUCUGGAGGAUGUUUGUGGCCAGCCUGUACGCUUCCCGUCCAAAUCACCCAUCUGCCACAUUGCUGCCAAUACGUUCCCGCAGCUUCCGGCGCCCAGUGUCGUCACCAUCGCCUCCAAUCAUACGUUUGCCGUCAACCGUUGGAACGCCGGUAGCGGUCAGCCAGCGGGCGGUACAUCAGCGUAUACUGAUUCUGUCGCGGAGCCCAAUUCCCAGACACCGGCACUUAUUACUGUCGAUCCAGUUGUUGCAACAAACCCUCCUCCUAAUAGUCCUUCCCGCCGCAAUCUCGGCAGUGAUUUCGACCAGAGAAUACAGCUGCGCUCCAGCAGUUUCACGACCACGGUGGAGAGCCGCUUCAUCUUUGCGUGUGGAUUUUGGGACCAUAGUUUUCGCAUUUUCAACACAGAUACCGGCCGAUUGGUGCAAGUCGUGUAUGGACACUACGGAACGGUGACCUGUGUGACGCGGUCCGAAUGCAACAUUACCUCGGACUGCUAUGUGGCCACUGGCUCCGAGGAUUGUACGGUGCUCUUGUGGGUGUGGAAUGCGAGGAAUCAGUGCAUUGCCGGGGAUUCCAACACUGCAGGAGAGCCACCAACUGCUAAAGCGACACUGACCGGACAUGAAGACACGGUGGUAUCGCUGGUGGUUUCGGCGGAAUUGGGAUUAGUUCUGAGUGCCUCGAAAGGCGGUCCAGUUUUGAUGCACAGUACAUUAGGCGAACUUCUUCGUUCGCUGGAAAUUCCCGGUGAUUUCAAGAGUCCCGAUCUGCUGAUGAUGGCGCGCGAGGGCAUGCUGCUGGUGAAAUACGAUGGAGCCAAUGUGGCCGUAUAUUCUCUAAACGGCAAGUUAUUGCGAGCGGCUACGGGACCGGAGAAAAUUGAGGCGAUGGCUAUUACACGCGAUGGCGAAUAUUUCGUGACUGGUGGUGAUAAAGGCAUUGUGCGAUUGUGGAGGACAUUUUCCGUUAAUCCACUGUAUUCUUAUCCGUCGCUGGAUGCAUCCAUCCGAUCGUUGGCUCUUUCGCACGAUCAUAGGAUUAUUCUAGUGGGCCUGAAUAACGGCAGCGUGGUGUUGCUGAAUUUGGAUUUGAACAAAUGGCAUCAGGAAUAUCAGCGGCGCUACGACUAAAUUAUUGGCCAGAUCCUGUUUCCAGUGUGUGUGGUAAUCCAGAUGUUGCUUUUCACAAAAUUAAGAAACCCUUCAAACUGUGUAUCCGUGUGACGUUGUCCCAUUCCGGCAGCUCUUCGACAUAAACCAGAGAUGUGUCUUUUCUGCUGUGCACUAUUCCGGUUAGAUGGAUUAAGUUAAGUACAAUUUCUAUCGUGUUUUUAUUGCUCGUUUCGCAUUCUCACGCACCGUGCUUUGUGGUUUCCAUUGGUUUUUUUUUUGCAAUAAAUUAUUUGUGUUGGUUGGGUUUUUCUAUGAAUAAGUUUUCAGAGUUCAUUUUCCAGCUGAUUUAUUUUUAUCAGACUGUGCCUGUAUUUUCAGUGUUUCAAAAUGAUAUUGGCGAAAAUUAAUAAAGGAUUUUGCUGUCA